CCCCCCCGGAGACGGAGACGGAGACGGAGACGGAGGAAGAAGACGCGUAGAGACAGGGAAGGGAGCAUGGCGAGCGUCAAGCAGGGCGGCGACGCGGCGAAGGGCGCGGGAGGCGGAGGGGGCCUCGGGAUGCCGGCGGCGGAGGUGGAGCAGGUGUUCCGGCGCUACGACGCCAACGGCGACGGCAAGAUCUCGGCGGAGGAGCUGGCGUCCGUGCUGCGGGCGCUGGGCGCGCCGCCGGGGCCCGGGGAGGUGCGCCGCAUGAUGGACGAGAUGGACACCGACCGCGACGGCUUCGUCGACCUCGCCGAGUUCGUCGCCUUCCACUGCGCCGCCCGGCCGGAGGGGGAGGACGAGGACGGCGGCGCCGCGGAGGCCGAGCUGCGCGAGGCCUUCCGCAUGUACGACGCCGACCGCAACGGCCUCAUCUCCGCGCGGGAGCUCCACCGCGUCCUGCGCCAGCUCGGGGACAAGUGCUCCGUCGCCGACUGCUCCCGGAUGAUCCGCUCCGUCGACGCCGACGGCGACGGCAGCGUCAACUUCGACGAGUUCAAGAAGAUGAUGGGCGCCGGCACCGGAGCCAGGCGCUAGCUAAGCCGCCGGAGCCUGACUCCGAUCCAUUCCCCACCACCAAAGGUUUAACUGGUCCUCCCUUGAUGUAUGCGUGGUUUAUCUGCUUAUUAGCUGAUUAUUAAUCAAGCAUGAUUAGUUUCUACUACUUACUAAGGUGAAGUGAGUAGCCUGCCUGCAUCCAUCCAGCUGAACAGCCUUGGAAUUGGAUCUUAGGCCUCCUUUUACUGUAGUACUCCACCGGGCAAAGCACGGUUUUGGAGGCACUGAUCUGAUUUUAUGGUGAACAGCGGAGGUGAUGUUGUCGUGUAAAGGUGUGAUGACCUGCUACUGCUUUUCUGUCUGCCUGCUCCUAUAUUAUGAUGAUGUAAUCUACUGAUUGACUAAUCCCUGCUGUCGCUAAACGGCUAAAGGAGGCUCCAACUUUUAAUCCCUUUGUUUGAUUUUGUUAUGGGCAAGACCUUUGUUUAA